GCUGCUGCUCGGGCGCCUCCGGGGCCGCGACGCGGGGCCCGCGCUCCGGCCAUGGCGCCGCCGCGCCGCUUCGCGCUGGAGCUGCCGGGCUGCACGCUGGCUCACUUCGCCGUCGGCGCCGACGCCCCCGGCGCGCUCCCCGACCCCCGCGCGGCCGCGCUCCUGGGCCCGCCCGGCCGCAGCUACUCGCUGCGCGUGCCGCUGGCGCCGGGCGGGGACUGCGCGGCCCGGGUGCGGGCGGCGCGGCUGCACCAGCGCCUGCGGCACCAGCUGCACCAGCUGCGCCGCGACCCGCUCCGGCGGUGCGAGCUGAGCCCGCUGCUGUGCUACGGCCCCGGCGGCGCGGCGGGCGGCGUGCAGCACGGCUUCCUGCUCCACGACCCCAGCGACAGCCCCGACACCCGGCGCGCGUUGUUCUCCCUGCUCGGCGAGUCCCCGGAGGGCCCGCGUCUGGGCGAGUUCGUGGGCGACGCGCGCCGGCAGGUGUGGCAGCACCUGUGGGAGCUGCGGGACGGCGCGGGGUGGCGGCAGGUGGGCCCCCGCGAGCGCGUCGUGGCCGCCCCGGAGCCCGCCCUGCACCCGGUGGUGCCCGACCUGCCCAGCUCUGGGGUCUUCCCGCACCGGGAGGCCGCCCGCGCCGUUCUGGAGGCGUGUAUACCCUUCCUUCCUGAAGCCCAGGCAGUGCUUGACCUGGUUGACCGGUGCCCGGAGCAGGCCGCGAGAGGAAAGUUCCCGGUCAUUGCCAUCGAAGGACUGGAUGCCACAGGCAAAACCACUGUGACCCGGUCAGUUUCGGACUCACUCAAGGCUGUGCUCUUAAGGUCGCCCCCCGCUUGCAUCAGCCAGUGGAGGAAAAUCUUUGAUGAUGAACCAACUAUCAUUAGAAGAGCUUUUUACUCUUUGGGCAAUUAUAUUGUGGCUUCUGAAAUAGCUAAAGCAUCUACCAAAUCUCCUGUGAUUGUAGACAGGUACUGGCACAGCACGGCCACCUACGCCAUAGCCACCGAGGUGACCGGGGGGCUCCAGCACCUGCCCCCGGCCCAUCAUCCUAUAUACCAGUGGCCUAGGGACCUGCUCAAGCCCGACCUGGUCCUGCUGCUCACAGUGAGUCCCGAGGAGCGGAUGCGUCGGAUUGAGCGCCGGGGCAUGGAGAGGACCAGGGAGGAAGCUGAACUGGAGGCCAACAGCAUAUUCCGUCAAAAGGUAGAAGUGUCCUAUCAGCGGAUGGAGAACCCUUGUUGCCACGUAGUUGAUGCCAGCCCCUCAAGAGAAGAAGUCCUCCAGAUGGUCUUAAGCAUAAUCCAGAAUAAUUGUAAUUAAUUGUAAUUACUGCAAAAUGUAAUUAUACAUUUUGCUAGAUUUGAUGUUGUUUGAUGCAUCUAGGCCCACGACUGGUUACCUGGUUUCCCCAGAUUACUGUUGCAUAAACAUAGUAUGUCCUAGAAAACUGGAGACCAGACAUUUCUAUUUUACUUAAACCAUUGUCCUCCCUUUUGACCAAUGGACCCAUCCGGGUUGAGACUGUCAUGUUCCAGCCAGAGAUCAGUGGUUGCUUUCUUCAAGUAUAACAAAUGUUUUCUUGGUAUGUAUUUUUAACUACGUCCUUACCAAAUCCCUCCAAGUUUUUCUCAUCCAGAAAGCAUGAGGUAUACAGAAGUAACCAGGAAGAUCUCCCAAAUCAAUGGAAGCUCCUCAGCCUCUCCCAUGCCUACACCUGGGCCACUGAUGAGAUCUCCAUGUGGUAGACUUGCCUUCUUCCCAAAAUGGCUGCACUUCGCUGGGGACUUGGCCCUGAUCCUAGGGCCAAGUACUCUUGGAGAAAGGGUCCACGUGUCCUGGCUGUCUGAGGACACUCCCACAGAGCCAUCUUUGGGUAGAGGACACUUACCCAGAAGACCUAGACUGUGCCCUACCACCUCUGAGAUGGUCCUCGUGGUUAGCACUUCAGAGUCAAAUACAGAGACUGCCAACCCCAGGUGCUCGAAAUACAAGUACACCAACCUUCUUUGAAUUAUGUUCUGCUUAUUUAUAUUUCUUUCUUUUCCCCUGACAACACGGUUUUGGAUAUAAUGAGUGUUUUGGACUGAGCUAGAUGCAUUAAACUUAGCCAAUCGAGCAAUAUAUUUAUAUUGAUAUUUACAUCAUGUUU